UUGUUAGAAGGGUCGCUAAUCGUAUCGGUCGCAGUGCGGUCACUCUGUUCACGUCCCGUCACGCAAGCAUCGUCGUCCAUUUUUGCCAAGCGAGACGAAAAUUUGUAAAUUAUAGCAAGCGAGUCGCAGUGGACGAACACCUAUUGACAGUGCAUUUCAGUGGCCUUUGAAAUACUGCUCAAACAACCAGCAAGCAAUAACAUUACUAAUAUCUACCCGAGAACCUAAACUAAGAACCUAAACCGAAGUUGUAACGUGAAUGUACGUGCGUAUGUGCCAGCGGAGUAGUGGCACAAUAAAAAAGUAAAUAAAGCGCGUGUGAAGUGGUGCAGAAAGCGAAAAGGCAGUCGGCAGGCAAAAGCGAAUAACGCAUUAACCCGACGCUUGAUCAUCCAUCUGCAGCAUCCAUCAUCCGGAAUCGAGCUAAAAUAAUCAGCAGCUACCGACAAUCAAGCAAGCCAUCUAUUCGUCAGAAGAGCACCGAGAAGUAGAACCUCAAUCAUAGCGAUGGCCUGUGCAACCCUGAAACGCGCCCUUGACUGGGAGUCGAUGAACCAGCGUCCUCCGAAACGCCGGCGCUGCAAUCCUUUUGGCCGGGAGCUGAGCAACGCAGGUCCAGCGUCGCCGUCCCGUGACCGCGACGGUCCCAGCACCUCGGCGGGUCUGCCCCACACGCCCAGCAACCGAUUCGCCAAGGACAACACCGAACCCAGCCCGUUCAGCGAGGCGUCGCUGGCAAAAAUGUCACCAGACAAAAUGGCCGAGAGCUUGUGCAACGAGAUCAAGAGACUGCACAAGCGCAAACAGCUGCCGAUCACCUCGUCGGCCUUGGAGCGCAUGCAGGAUUCGGAGUCCAGCGGAUCGGAGAUGGGUCCAGAGAGUCCGCGUCGCCCGGACAGCCCACAGAACCUGAUGCGCCACGGCGAGAAGGCCCUGUUCACGUUUAAGCAGGUGCAGCUCAUAUGCGAGAGCAUGAUCAAGGAGCGUGAGAAUCAGCUGAGGGAGCGCUACGAGUCCGUGCUGACCACCAAGCUGGCCGAACAGUACGAUGCCUUCGUCAAGUUCACAUAUGAUCAGAUACAGCGUCGCUACGAGGCAGCGCCUAGCUACCUGUCGUAAGGCUGUGUAGGCAUCUGGAGCCUCAGAGAAAAGAAAUUAAUAAUUGCACUACGAUCUUAUGUGACGGUAGAUCUACCGCGACAACAACAGCCCUCAUAAACUAAAACAAACAACAAAUAAGGAAACUAAAGCAAACGCAAAACAAACCAACAAAAAACCUAAAAAGCAAAAAACGGAAAAAACAAACAAAAAAAGAAAAAACAAACUACAACAUACAUCGUGUUUAAUAUAUUUUGAAAUACACGCAAAGAAGAAAGCAGUUAUAGUUUAUGCCUAGAUUUACAUAUAUAUUGUAUCGGUUAGCAGCAAAGGGAUGAAUUAUUUAACAGCAAGCAGAAACCACAAAAGAAAGAAACCAACAAAACUUGUUAAAUCUAUGUUUUUCACAUAACGAAAAUUCUAAAUAAAAUGACAAAUAUCUAAUAUGAAGAACUAUAAGCACACCGCCACUGCAGACAUAUAUGGUGCAUCCGUAGAGAGAACGAUUCAAUGAAACCUCAAACGUAGCUUCGUACAUAACUGACCGACAGAAUUGGCAAAUAUAAUGUUAGGUACAUGUAGCAUAUAAGGUAUGAUGUAAAACGUAUCAAACUACAUAUAUUGUUUUUUGAAAUAGUAAUUUAUGAGCGGAAGGCCACGAGCGAUGCAACAAAGAUAACUCACAACUCAUGAAGAACACUUUUCAUAGUUUAUUUUUGCAUAUUAGUUGUACACUAAGGCGAGAAACGAACGCUUGACUUUGCCUAUUUUCUCGAGUAUCGUUUGUUAAUUGUUUCUUCCUUUGAUGCGAAUUAUUGCAAAGUAAUGUAAACACACAAAGCAAGUGAAAUGUUUCGAUUUGCUUUACAACAUACGAAAAUGAAUACUGAAAAGAAGGAGAACACAAACGUAUAAAAGUUAUUCAUUAAGUCAAAUUGAACGCUUUCUUAUAAUAUACGCUUGUCAGAAGA